AUGCUGUGGUCAGUGAGUGUUCACACUUCCUGUGUUUUAAUUUGGAACACAGAUUUCCACAAAAAGCACAUGACGGCAAUAAGCAGUGACAAAUUCAACAGCCUCUUGAAGAUGAGUCCGCAUUUACUGGGCUGCAAGAGCCACAUGGCGGCGUUUGUCCUUGUGAGAGAAGUGACAGACACAUCGGGCCGUGCAUGCGAGUUCUACCAGGUGGUGGCGUUGGGAACCGGCCGCUUCAGCUCCACCAGUUGGCUUUGCUUUAAUGGGACAGCGGUACACGACUGUCACGCCAUGAUCAUUGCCCGGCGGGCACUCCAGAGAUUCCUCUACAAGCAGCUUCUGCUCUUCUUCGACACUGACCCUCAAGCCAAGGAGGCGUGCAUAUUCGAGAGCAGCGCGGCCGGGCCGCAGCUUCAGCUCAAACCGAAGAUCAGCCUUCACCUUUAUACCAAUCAAUGUCCCGAAGGAGCCUACAAGAACUUCUACACGAGGUGCUCCGGCUACAACAAUUGGACCGCCCUAAAGCUGCAGUACCACACCAAGAGUUUACUGGUGCCCGCUGCCCACCUCAACUCAAACCACUGGGCGGCCAAAGUGUGCUGCAUGUCGGGCAGCGAUAAGCUGGGUCUGUGGACCAUCGUGGGCGUGCAGGGCGCUCUGCUCAGCCACUUCAUCCAGCCGCUUUACAUCGCAAGCAUGGUGCUCGGAGGCCAGAAGCUUUACGUUGACCACUUGUCAGACACCAGUAAGUGUCUGGGCGACGGCUGGGAGGACAUCCUGCCGCCGUUCUACAAGAAAUGUGACACCAGCUUCCUGUGCUGCGAAGAGGCCACGCCCAUCGAGGUGUCACCGCACCAUGACGUCCUCAGCAUCAACUGGUGCCUCGGAGACAAAGACAUUGAAGUGGUAGACAGCAGCAAAGGCUUCAUUGACCACAGUUCCCCGUCCAUGAGCGGACCCGGCUUCUCCAGUAGGCUGUGCAAGAGAGCGCUCUACAGUUACUUCCGUCAAGCGGCUCAGCUAGGCGGAUAUGGCUAUUUGCUGGCUCUGCCCACCUACCACAGUGUCAAGGUAGAAGCUGGUGUCUACCAGACCGUUAAGGAGCUAGUCAAGCAGCACUUCCUCAGCAAUCAUGGCGGCCCCUGGAAUGCCAAAAAGCUGGUGGACUUCUUUAGCAUCUGAAUGGUUUCUCCU